UUUAACAGAUCUAAAGUUUACAGAGUUUCAUAAAGCACGGUUGCAUUGCUCACAGUUGUCGGGUUUGGAGCUUGGGAUUGAAUUGAAAAGAACACGCAAAUUGCUCCCACCGAAGGGUUUUCAUCGCGCCCUUUCGUUUCUCGUGGUGGUGAACUGUGAACUCAGUUGGCCAGAGCUUGCCAACAGGCAAAAUUUUGUUGAAGUCCCUCAAUUGAGCUUCCCUGCCUCCUUUUUCCAAAGUUUCUGUCUGGUGCAAUGGUUUAUAUAACUGAGUGGGACAAGUUCGUGGAGCAAUCCAUUGAGUUGUUCCGUGCUGAUCCUGAUUCUACACGGUAUGUCAUGAAGUACAGGCACUGUGAUGGCAAGUUGGUACUUAAGGUCACUGAUAACCGACAGUGUCUAAAGUAUAAGACAGAUCAAGCACAAGAGGCUAAGAAGAUGGAAAAACUGAACAAUAUGUUCUUUGCUUUGAUGGCCCGUGGCCCUGAUGUUGAUUUAUCAGAAGUCACUGGAAAAGAGCAAAUGGAAUCUCAGCCGACCAAGAAAGGAAGAGGAAGGAAACAAUAACUUGCCCUUUUGCUAGACAAGAUGGUUUGUUGGAUCAUAGGACUUACCAAGAAUUUGAAUUGUUAUAUCUUUUCCCUUCCUAAUGAUUACUUCUUCAGAGUUCAGAUUCUUUUGAUGAGAGAGGUUUAUACAUUGAAGUUUUGAAGUCUCAAUUUCUGAUGUUUGGCAGUCU